AGAGACAAACGUGAAACCCACUCUGUUAAAAAUCAAUCCUCUCCCUUCCUUUCUUUCUCUGCUUUCAAUCUCUUCUCCCUUAGCCACCACCACCACCACCACUCUCUCCAUCUGCGCCUCUUCCACAUUGAAACAUACAGAGAGAAAGAGAAGAAAGAACAAUGAGCUUGUCUUUUGUAUAAUGAGCAGUGGACCAAAACCUUCUUCUUCUAUCAGAAGAAGAUGGCUAUCCAACACCAUGAUGAACAACAAAGCUCUUCUUUCGUGCUAGACUCUUCUCUCUACUGUGAAGAAGAGAGAUGGGAAGAGGAAGCAGAGGAGGUCUGUCAAAAUGAGAUUUUACAUGUAAUAUGUGACAACAAUGGAACAAGAAAGAAUCCUUUUUUUUUCCCACUUUCCUCAAUGCUUAAACAAGAUUUGUCGUGGGAAGAUGGAGAGCUUCACUCACUCUUCUCUAAAGAAGAAGAAGAAGAACAAUCCCAAGUUAGUUUCUACAAUACUGAAGAAAAUGCAGAUUCUUGUCUCUCUAUUGCUCGUCAACAGGCUGUGGAGUGGAUGCUUAAGGUCAAUGCCCAUUAUGGGUUUUCAGCUCUAACUGCAAUCUUGGCUGUUAACUAUCUAGACAGAUUUCUCUCCAGCUAUUAUCAAAGAGACAAGCCAUGGAUGAUCCAACUUGUGGCUGUUACUUGUCUUUCUUUGGCUGCAAAAGUUGAAGAGACCCAAGUGCCUCUUCUCCUUGACCUCCAAGUGGAGGAUGCUAAGUAUGUGUUCGAGGCGAAAACCAUUCAAAGAAUGGAGCUUUUGCUGCUUUCUACGCUGAAAUGGAAGAUGCAUCCAGUGACUCCACUCUCUUUUCUUGAUCACAUCAUUAGAAGGCUUGGAUUAAAGACCCAUCUCCAUUGGGAGUUCCACAAGAGAUGUGAAAGUCUUCUACUUACUGUAGUCUCAGAUUCAAGAUCCACCACCUUUCUUCCUUCUCUAUUGGCUACUGCCACAAUGAUGCACGUUAUAGAUCAAGUUGAGCCCUUAAAUCGUAUGGACUGUCAAAACCAGCUUCUGGGUGUUCUUAAAGUCUGCAAGGAGAAGGUAAAUGAUUGUUAUGAACUCAUUCUCGAGCUAUCAAAGAACAAAACAAAUGCUUCUGCUGUUAAGUCUCACAAGCGAAAGUAUGAGCCAAUCCCCAGCAGUCCAAGUGGUGUGAUUGAUGCUACUGUUUUUAGCAGUGACAGCUCAAACGAUUCUUGGGCUCUGAGUUCUUCAGUCACUUCAUCUCCAGAACCACUUUUUAAGAAGAACAGAGCCCAAGACCAGCGGGUUUUUGUGGACAUGGUUGGCAGCCCUCGUUAAUCUGAAAAAAGGAAAAAAAAAAAAAAAAGGAAAAUUCUAUAUUUAUUAUGUUUAUUUAUGUCUCUCUCUUCAAUUAAAUUGUCUCCCUCUCCACAUUUGCAAUCACAAGAUUGCCCUUUUUAGGGUCCUGCAAUGGAGAUGGGAGGCAUUUUUUGAGAGAAGAGGGAAGGAUGAGAUGUGAGAUUCAUGCACAUUUCUCUCUCUGUGUCCCUCUUGUUUUAUGUCUUUGGCACUGUAUAAGACUCCUUUGAGAGAAUACUUUAAUAUGGACAUAUUAAUAUCAUAUUCAUGAAAUAAAUUCAAAGUUAUUAUUAUUAAUUA